AUGGAAACAAGUAACAUGUUUUGUGUUCUUUUUGGUUUCCUUAACGCAGUCUGUGUUUUGGGACACCAAGUUCACUCGGCAGAUGCUGAAGGGAAAAAGUUGUGUUCCGAUGAGAAAAUUUUACACAUUCAGCAAGAACAAAUUGACUUUCUCAUGAGAAAAGUUUCCGAACUUUCAGCUAAUUUUCAACGACAGGAGACGGAAAUAAUUCAACUGAAAAACGAAAAUAAAAAUCUGAUUGGCGCUUUGUCGGAAAUUGAGAAAAUAUUUCAAAUUAGUCGACGCAAGGACGGCCAUUCAAAGUUAAAAUAUGAAAACGGAUUUAAGAAGACUUCAUUGCAACAAUUAGUGGAAGAAGACAGAGAGUCGAUUGUCUCCACGGAAAGGCUAUUGCUACCACUUCCUACAACCCAUGCACCUCCUACAAGUAUAUAUAAAGACGUCAUAGCUUUUUAUGCGUAUAUGACGGGUGACAGCAUUGAGCCUGGUGCCUCGCGUUCUCUGAUCUUUGAUAAAAUAAUUACCAAUGCUGGAAACGGGUAUCACAAUGCCACCGGAGCUUUCAUCGCGCCCCGAACUGGCUUUUAUGUUUUUUCAUGGUCUAUGCGUUUAGUUAACAGCGCUUAUCACCAAGCUGAACUGGUGCACAACCACAACGUUAUGGGCGUGGCCUAUCUCUACGCCCCCACCGGAGACCACACGGUCAGCGGUACGGUAGUCAUUCACGUUAACCAAGGGGAUGACGUUUUCAUCAGAACACAAUCCGGGGCCAAUUCUGGGAACAUAGAAAGCGGGCCUGGUGGACGUACAUCUUUCUCCGGGUGGAAACUAAAUUGA